CCGUGUCCGAGGACAACUCUUCUCACCAAGUGGCGGCGGCGGCGGCGGCACCGUCACCGUGACGAACUCUGCUUCUUCCUCCACAAAAAGCAGAGCCCGCCGCCCCGAGACUCCUAAAACACUUCUUUUCCCAACCAAAUCCACCAAAUUUCGUGCGAGAAAUUUUGCAAUGGCGUCGGUAGCGUCCGAAGUCGAUCCCGCCGUGGAGCCCCGCAUCGUCGUUGAGGAGUCGUCCAGCGCCGGAGGCAGCCGAGAGGAGGCGCCCCCAGAGGCUGCGGCGGUAGAAGCGGUGGUCGAGACAGAGCCGGCCGAUGCGGAGGAAGAAGGGGAGUGCGGGUUCUGCCUGUACAUGAAAGCCGGAGGUUGCAAGGAGGCGUUCGUGUCGUGGGAGGAGUGCGUGCAGGCGGCGGAGAAGGAGGGCUCCGACAUGGUCGAGCGCUGCUUCCAAGUCACCACCGACCUCAAGAAGUGCAUGGACGCCCACGCCGACUACUACGCCCCCCUGCUGCAGGCUGAGCAGACCGUCUCCGACCAAGCCGAAGCCGCCAUCGCUGCUGCCACCGCCGAUACAAACAAGAACAACGGAGAGGAACCCGCUCCCUCCCCGGACACUGAUUGGGUGGUGGUUGAGGAGGCUACUUCCUCCACGCCCGGCGAGGGGGUGAAGAAGGAAGAAGCAAUCGUCGACAAG